AUGACCACCCGGCCACUCCCCUUCUUCUUGCACACCACCGCGCUUGCGGCCAUGGGCUAUGGCUAUAGCUCCCUCCCACACACCAUUGCAGGCGUGCCCAUUGACGAGAUGAAAGGUGGACACUUCCAAUUCCUUACAAUUCAAGGACUUGCUAUUGCUUGGCUCACCAUGCUCACCAGCAUGGCUUGCGACCUCAUCCCGUCUUCGACCCUCCUUAGAAACGCCAAACGUGCGUUCCUCAUGGGAGCCUUGCCACUGGCCAUCGUGAUCUCCGUCAUCUAUUGGACCCUCCUUAUCUUCCUCCCUACCCUCAUUCUGCUCGAGGACCCGGAGCCUUCAUCCGUUGCCGGAGAGCCGGAAUCGCAGCGCUUGCCUCUCCACGUUGAUUUAUGCCUCCAUGCUAUACCCGCCAUCUCUUUGAUCGUCGACUUCUAUCUGCUAGAGAAGAAAUACUCCAAGUCGAUCAGCCGCUAUGGUGCGCUCUCACUCGCAUCUGUUCUUGGCACCUGGUAUGCGUGUUGGGUGGAGCAUUGUGCGGCCUAUAAUGGUUUCUUCCCGUACCCAUUCCUCACCUAUAAUCCUCCCAAUGUCCGAGCUAUGAUCUAUGCUGGGGCCACCGCCUUUGCUGCUGGAGCUUUCAUGCUUCUGAAUGCGUUGCAUCCAUAA